CCAAAAAUUGCCUGAAUGGUCGCGUUGUCGGGAAGAUGGGCUUGAUAGGUAACAUCGUGGGCCUCCAGGAUAAAGGCAAGAUCGAUGUCGUGGUGGAUCGACCGUACUACAUGUCUGGGGAGCUCGUAAAGGGCAAGAUCCUUGUGGAAGUGACGUCACCGAUCCAAUGCAAUGCUGGGUGUGGUUAGAGGUCGUGCUGCUCGCGUCUGGCAAAGAAAAGGUCGAGUGGAAGGAGAAUGGCACAACCCACACGGGCUGCGUCGAGUUCUUCAAGAAAAAGAUUGUGCUCUACUGCGUUGAACGAGUGCUGCAACCGAGCACGUACGAGUUUGCCUUCGAGUACCAGCUCCCGGAAAACUUGCCUGGAAGUUUCGACGCAAAGAAGGACAGCGCAGGCAUUGUCGCCAAGAUAGAAUAUUCCAUGAGUGGCACCGUCAUAGUGGACGGUGUCUUUGCCCGCGACUUGAUGAAGAAAGCCAUCUUGGUGCUGUACACGAGCCGCGUCGGCCAACUCGCCCGGCCGAGCAUCGACACGUGUAGACGCAAGGUGACGUAUCUGUGUUUUGACCGCGGCACUUGUGCAUUCAAAGCAGCCGCGGACAAGACGCUCUACGACACUACUGACACCCCUAACAUCCAUGUCGACAUUCAAAACGGAUCGAGCGAAAACGUUCAGCGAAUUCAAUGCUGUCUCGUGCGCCGAGACGUACUAACGGCAUCGGACGGCGCGACCAAAACGUGCCAUACAACUUUGUGUGACGUUUCCUUUCCUGGUGUGCCAGCCCAUGCUGUCGUGGCCCAAGAUCUCCCGUUUGCCUUGACGACGAAAGAGCUGUCUCCAUCCACGAAAGGCUCACACAUUGAAGUUACCUAUGUCAUUCACGUUCUCUGCGACCUCCCUCGCACAUCGUCCGAUAUUUUGUUGGUGCUUCCUAUUGAAAUCUCAACUCCUACGCUCCGCGCGGCCCUGCCUUCCCCAUCAACGUCUACGCCGUCCACACAGCCGAGAACGUCGCCGUUGCCAUCAUCGUCAAAGCCUACAAUUGUCAUCCCUACCGACGGCACGACGGCCCAGACGCCGAUUGUGAUGCCCACGAAUUGUACGGUCCAUGAUCUGCCGGAAAGAGGUGCUACCGUUGUACCCCAAGCACCAACAGCAAGUUCGACGCCGCGAGCAACGCGCGCGUCGAUGGCGGUUAUCCAGCCGGCUCCCCCGCUGCAACCGCCUCUGCAGAGGCCUCCUGUGGUUGUGGCAGUGGCCCCCGCGACAAGUCCUGGCCAAAUGCAGCCAAUGCAAACGGUGCCAUAUUCACCCUCCAUGCAGCCGCAACAGUUCGGGAUGGCAGGGCAAGGUGGAAUGAUGUGUUUUCCCGCGACGUCGCCUCAAAUGAUGGCAAUGGUUGGUCACACAAUGCACAUGGUCAUGCAACAUCCGUCGACGAUGGUCCGACUUCCUGGCUACAUGGGGCAGCCACAGUUGUCCCCGACGCUGAGCCCCAUUCACCCACAGCAACCUGUCGCGAUGUGGCCAUCUGACAGCGGCAUCAACCUCGACAACGUGUCCGUGGACGGUGGCGGACCUGCCGACGUUCAUUUUGUCAACUGCACGCCGCUGCCUAUGGACUUGGUGUGGGUCGACACAGCUGGCUUGGAGCUCUUCUACGCACGGGUGAACCCGUCGGAGUCGUACAUGCAGCCAACUUUUACCAACCACAUGUGGAAGGUGGGUCAGUGUGGGCAGGCUAUCCUGACGUACCGGGUACGCGUGGGACGCCAGCGCGUCGAAGUCCUGGGACCAGGGCUUGCGAACUAUUGUUGAUCAAAAUUGCAAGUUUGUUACAAUUACCACCCACGACGAUGUGCCAUCAUUCAUUGAAGCGCCACAGAAGAUGGCUACGGCUCGUAGAGCCAUGUAAAUGGGGCUGCAUUCCGUUUUGGCCGACGUUUGAACACGCAUAUUGCUUUGGCAGGUCGUUCGAUAGGACGCGCGCACUCGAUUUGCACAACUGCCUGCCAACAAUCGAGAACUUGCUUGGUGGAUUAGCCAUGGCUCACGUCGCCCUUCCUGUCCAUUACAUGUUGGUCUUCAUCAUUGAUAUGCGGUGGACGAUACUACGAUGGCAAUGGGAUCGUGGUAGCCUUACUCUGCGCUUUUAAACACUUUGGCGCAGGCGUCGUAGCCAGUGACUGCCAUGAGCCUCGCUUCUCCGAAUUUUUCCCACUCAUUGGGGGACGGCG